CAAAGCGGAACUUGGAUUUUCUCGCCGUCAAUCACUGUCGCGACCAUCAUCAACACCUCGCCCAGGGACGACUAACCCCAGCAGCACAGCAGCAGAUUCUCGCCGGUCCGGUCGGAGGAUUUGUGUGUCAUCGUCGUCGUCUGAGCUGUCGCCUUUCCUUCGUUUCCUUUUCGCCUCCACGAAACCGAUACGAUGUCGUCGUUCGAGCCGGUUGUUGUCGUCGACGGCAAGGGCCACCUUCUGGGCCGCCUCGCCAGCAUCGUUGCCAAGCAGCUUCUCAACGGCCAGAAGGUCGUUGUCGUCCGCUGCGAGGCCCUGAACAUCUCUGGCGAGUUCUUCCGCGCUAAGCUCAAGUACCACGCCUAUCUCCGCAAGAUGACACGAUACAACCCCACCCGUGGUGGUCCCUUCCACUUCCGCGCUCCCUCCCGAAUUUUCUACAAGGCCGUCCGUGGCAUGAUCCCCCACAAGACCGCCCGUGGUGCCGCCGCUCUCGAGCGCCUCAAGGUCUUCGAGGGUGUCCCCCCUCCCUACGACAAGCAGAAGAAGAUGGUCGUCCCCCAGGCUCUCCGCGUCCUCCGCCUGCAGCCCGGCCGCAAGUACUGCACCGUCGGCCGUCUCAGCCACGAGGUCGGCUGGAAGUACCAGGAUGUUGUUGCCCGGUUGGAGGAGCGAAGAAAGGCGAAGGGCGCCGCCUACUACGAGCGCAAGCGGGUCGCUGCCCGACAACUGUCCGACGCCAAGAAGAACGCCUCUGUCAAGCCCGAGACUGCGAAGGCCCUUGCUGCCUACGGCUACUAAACUGGCCGAUACCCUGGCCCUAGCCGGUCUCGGUAGCUUCGCAUUGUCUUGUCAUUUCUCGUGCGGUUCAUUAGAUUGGCGCGGCGGUUCACAACGGAUAACACUUGAUUUGCUGAGUGAUGGCAAGGGCGGCGGCUUAUGGGAAGGUGGCGGAAGGUUGUUCUAAAUGUUCUACAUGAAUCUCGUCGGCGGCGGAACCCGUGCCAAAUCAAAUAAAGCACAGAACCAACAACUCGAAGUUUCCGGCGGCUCGUGAGGGCGACGGAUGGCACGUUUCGGGGUCGGCCCGUGCGCGCUGUGAAGACGCGGAACUGGAGGAAUGGCCUGCCUGUCCCACGGCCAUGGCCCAAGGAAACCAUGCUUGGCUCUGGCGGCAGAGUCCAAGGGGACGCAGGACGUGGUGGGCGAUAGUGGGGAGGAUGGGACGACACACGGUAUAUUCUCUUCUCGCGUGAGAGAGACUAGCAUUUGGCAUUAGGAGUAGAAAAGGAAUGGAACUGACUUAUGAUCAAUUCCCCGGAUGACGCGGACCAGUCACAUGCUGGAAAUGGCGGACGUCGACGUCGACCUUGUACGAUGUAGUGUCUGUGUGUGCCCC